AUUUGGAGGAAGGAAGUUUGAAUAUAUAUUUCUCCUAUACAGUAUAGAAAUGAGUAAGUUAGUCAACCAGGCAAUGAAGGAAUGCAGUGCUGCUUUAUGAGAAACUUUAGAAAUUACUAUCACAAAAAUGUAAGUAAAUUUGCAGAAACAUGUGCAGGUUCCAUUUAAUAAAUACCAAUAAAAUGUGUCUCCAAACAGACAUAUACUGUGUAGUUCAGCAUUUUAACAGUAUGAUGCAUUAGUUUUAAUAUUCGUUUUGAUAAACUUUUGUGUCCCUUCAUAUUUUAUGAGCUGUUUCCAUUUGUAUUGUAGUAUUUCUUUAAAACAUAACUUAAUAAUUUAAAUUAUAUUUUGACAUAAAAGUGUAAUUCUUUUGAGACUGUGUUUUUAGACCAUAUAUCUAAUAAUAAUAUGAGACUGCAUUUUAUUCAGUUCAUGAUUUGCAAAGGGAAAAAUCCAUAAUACUGUAGAUUAGAAAUUAAAGAAAAAUUUCACACUGCGGUCAACUCUUGCAACUUUAUUAAAAAAGUACAGCUUUGCUUAAACCCUCAGUCCUAAUGGUUGUGGAGAAAAGAUAUAAAAAUUUUAACUUGGUAUACCUUUUGGUUUUUAAAUCAAGGGUCUGAUUCAUGAUUUUUGAGUGGUUGAGCUUGGCUAUACAAUGAAUUCCACAGAAAUUGGAAAGGUUACUUUAUUUUUCUUAAUGCUUUUGCUUUAGAACAACUAGCACAAUGGCGAUCUUUUCUGGAGCCUUUUUAUAGGUAACAGUGAAUAUAACCAAUGUUGAUAUAAAUUGUGUAUAUUGUGCUUAGUUGUAAGUAAGGGUUAACAUAACUCAGCCAGUGGCAUUCUGGGAGUUGUAGUGUUGAGCAGGAUUGCUGGGAGUGGUAGUUCUUGCUUGUGCCCUUCCUCUCUGUGAUGGCUUCACGUUAGAGCGGCUGCACAUUCGCCUGUUCUCUGGGUGGUGAAAAAGUAAAAGCUGAAAUGAAACCUCAUCAAGGUAUUUGGCUUUUUAGACGCUUGCUAGCAAUUUGUCCCUAUCAUCAUCACUGCUAUGCUCCUUCUCCUCUUGUUAAAGAGAUAGGUCAGGUGAUGGAACGAUAUAGUGUGAAGAACAAUUAUUUUCUGAAUACAGUUAAAUCUGCUCUGCCCCAUCAUGCCUGGGCAAGGAAAUACCAUCAGGAUUCUAGAGCCAUGUGGAAGCAUGAAGCUGUGCAAAAAUAUCUAGAGACUGCUGUAAGAGAAUACCAGCGAAUAAGCCAUGUGUUGAGCAGUGGCUCGAUGAAUGAGCAUGAGGAAAGGAUCCUUAGCAGAAGACAUGCUGAUCUAGUUCCACUUGCAGCUGCUUUUCAAGAAAUACAAAAAGCAGAAAAAGAAGUUAAAGAGUUAGAAUCCAUGUGUACAGAGCUAGACAACAAAGAUGAGAAACAACUACUAAAACUUGCCUUUGAAGAGAAGAAAAUAAUUGAUCAAGAAAUUGACACUUUGUAUAAGAAGCUCCUCCAGAUUGUAGUGCCAAAGCAGAAACAUGAUGAAUGUGAUGUCAUAUUAGAGCUUAUAUCUGGCAGAACAACUGGAGGUGACAUUUGCCAGAUGUUCACAAAAGAAGUAUUUGAGAUGUACCAGAAUUACGCAGCUCAUAAAUCCUGGACCUUUGAAAUUCUGAACUAUGUUCCGACUGAUCUGGGUGGGUUACAUCAUGCAACAGCUUGUAUUUCAGGAGGCAGCGUCUACAGGUAUUUGAAGUUUGAAGGUGGGAUUCACAGGGUUCAGCGAAUCCCAGAGAUUGGCUUGUCAUCAAGAAUGCAGCGUAUUCACACUGGGACAAUGUCAGUUGUUGUCCUCCCUCAGUCAGAGAAGGUAGAGGUUAAAGUGAACCCAAAGGAUUUGCAUAUAGAUACAUUCAGGGCCAAAGGAGCAGGAGGGCAACAUGUUAACAAAACGGAUAGUGCUGUGAGGAUUGUACACCGUCCUACGGGACUAACAGUCGAGUGCCAGCAGGAGCGAUCACAGCAAUUGAAUAAGGAAAAAGCUCUGCAGACACUGAGGGCUAAACUGUACCAGCAGAUCAUUGAGAGGAAUCAAAGCCAAAUGCAGAAUGCCAGAAAACUACAGUUGGAGACAAGAGCCCAGUCAGAGAGAAUUCGUACCUAUAACUUCACACAGGAUAGAGUCACUGACCACAGGAUCUCAUAUGACGUCCGAAAUAUAAAGGAAUUUCUGCUUGGUGAAGAGGCCCUGGAUGAACUAAUCAACAGGUUGUUGGAGUCUGCAGAGAUGGAGGCACUGAUUAAACAUGUAGAAAAUUUUAAAUCUUUUGAAGAAGGAGGUUAAUGUGGAUGUUGCAUUAAAAUUAUGAUUGUAAUUGUGUAGUUAAAUAAAACGGAGGCAUUUUUUUAGACAUCAAGAAUUGAAAAAAAUCUGUGGUAUUCUUCUGUGAUCAUGUAACAGGAUUUUUGUUAAACUCUAUGUGGCUUUUGGAAUUCCUGGCCCACCCUGGCAUGUCAAAUUUUAAGUCUUUUUUGUUUGUUUAUUUUUUGGACAUUGCCCAUCUAUCAGCCUGUAGUUCUCAAUAUAGACACAGCACAGGCAGUGCAGGCUUUCCUGUUUUUCCAUCAGUGUACCUUAAAUCUUGAUGUGAGAAACAGGAAGAGAGCACUCAUUUUGAUGUCCUUGGCCCCUUUCUGAGUUAAAAUUCUGAUGCCAUUUAGGUGGGGAACAAAUACAGCCUGCAGGAACUGGUUUUAGAUUGCUAAUGGUCAUCAGAUGGUAACAACUUUCAGUCACUGGAGCUGGAUUAGUUUGGAACUGGUCGGCUACAUGUUCUGUUCCAUCAGUUCCCUUAAAUUUAUUUUGUAAUAAAGUCGAAUACUAGACUAUUCACUCCUGCCUUAGAACUCAUAGCAGGAGCUAAGACUGGAAACUUAUGUGUAGAUACAGUUGCAGAGAUCUCCCUCUCAGAAAAGGCUGCCACCUGAGCUCGGAAGAUCCCCAGGGGGGAUCAGUGCAAAUGAGAAAGAGGUUUCUCAUUACUUUGCACAUCUCAGUGCAGAUCUAACCCAAAGCUGGUGCA